CUAGCCGGCAGCGUGCCCGCGCGGUGCAUCGUGGGAGGAGGCCGGGCCGCGAGGCGGCGGAGACGGCGGCGGCCGAAAGAGGCGGGGCGCCGCGCAGGUUACAAUGACUGCACCAAAUAAAGCACUGGAGCUACAGCUGCAGAUAAAGCAAAAUGCCGAAGAGCUGCAGGAUUUUAUGAGAGAACUGGAGAGUUGGGAAAAAGAUAUUAAGGAAGUUGAUUCUGAAUUAAGGAAACAAAGUGGUGUACCAGAAGAGAAUUUACCACCAAUUCGAAACAAGGCUUUCAAGAAAAAGAAGAAGAGCAAAAGUAAAGUCCCGUCAAAGACAACCACUGAGGAAAACAAGAAAAACAAAAUCAAGUCUUACGAUUAUGAAGCAUGGGGAAAACUUGACGUGGAUAAAAUACUGGAAGAACUUGAUAAAGAUGACAGUACUCAUGAUUCUGUGUCUCCAGAAUCAGACUCUGAAGAAGAUGGAAUUCGUAUAGAUACAGAAAAGGCUCUUGCAGAGAAGGAAAAGGGUAACAACUACUUUAAACAAGGAAACUUUGAUGAAGCUAUAAAAUGCUAUACUAGGGGGAUGCAUUAUGAUCCAUACAAUCCAGUAUUGCCCACAAACAGAGCAUCUGCUUUUUAUAGAAUGAAAAAGUUUUCUGUUGCAGAAUCUGAUUGUAAUUUAGCACUUGCUUUAGAUAAAAAUUACAUAAAGGCUUAUUCCAGAAGAGGGGCUGCUCGCUUUGCUUUGAAAAAUCUUCAAGGUGCUAAAGAAGAUUAUGAAAAAGUUUUAGAGCUGGAUGCAAACAACUUUGAAGCAAAAAAUGAACUGAAGAAAAUUAAUCAGGCUCUAUCAUCAAAAGAAAGCUCAAGACAGAAGGAGAGUGAAGAUGCAGUUAAACCAGAAUUAACAGACAAAGAGAAGAGGUGCAUUGAAGACGAGCAGCUUAAGCAGAAGGCUGUUACAGAAAAAGAUCUUGGUAAUGGUUAUUUCAAAGAAGGGAAGUAUGAGGCUGCAAUAGAAUGUUAUACGCGUGGUAUAGCAGCAGAUGGCACCAAUGCACUUCUGCCAGCUAACAGAGCCAUGGCCUAUCUCAAGAUUCAAAAAUAUGAAGAGGCAGAAAAUGACUGCACACAAGCUCUGCUGUUAGAUGCCUCCUAUUCUAAAGCUUUUGCCAGAAGAGGGGCUGCAAGAGUUGCUCUUGGAAAGCUAGAAGAAGCUAUGCAAGAUUUUGAAGCUGUUCUGAAGCUGGAACCUGGAAAUAAACAAGCAAUAAAUGAACUCACUAAAAUAAGAAAUGAAUUAGCUGAGAAAGAACAGUUAGCUCAAGAAUAUAAAGAAUAUCCUGCAGUAUUGAUAAAAGAAGAAGAAAUAAAGAAUAUAGUGAAGCUCAUUGAUGAUCCAUUACUCCUGAAAUCAACAAAGCCUUUGCGAACAAUACCCAUUGAAGAAGUUGAUGACGACAUGCCAAAUAGUGAUUUACCUAGCACUACUUCUUUUGUUAAUAACUGUACAAAUUUGACAAGUAUUGAAGCUACAGAGAAUCUGGAUCAGGAUGAUCACUUAACUACAAUGGACAUUCCAAAAGCAAAGCAAUUGAAAAUAGAAGAAAUCACUGAUACAUCACCGUUACAGCUUCCUGCUAGUGUGAAAGGAAUUCCAGUGUUGCAUCCAUCUUCCACUAUGAACAAGCAGGCAGAAAAAGAAAUCAAAGCAUCAUAUAGAUCUGCUUCGCCAGUCCCUGCCAUUCCUGCAAAUUCUUUCCAGCUUGAAUCUGAUUUCAGGAAGCUGAAAGACCACCCAGAAAAACUGUAUUUGUACCUGAAGCAAAUAGAGCCUUCGUUUUAUCCAAAACUGUUCCAGAAAUCCUUAGAUCCAGACUUGUUUAACCAGAUACUGAAAAUCCUACACGACUUCUACAUUUUGAAAGAGGAGCCAUCACUCAUCCUUGAAGUCCUCCAGAGGCUAUCUGAAUUAAAAAGAUUUGAUAUGGCAGUAAUGUUUAUGUCAGGCUCAGAGAAAAAAAGUAAUUACACAGGUAUUGUUCAGUCAUAUGAAACACAUGGGAUUGAAAGAUACUCAGGUUGAAGACUUGGAGAAGAAAUAUGGCAUUUUCUCUUAGUGAGUUCACUGACAUUAAGCAUGUAAAUUGCUCUGUUACCACUUUUUUUCAUGUGGAAAUCAGCUGAAGAGGCCUAUAAAGACUGGAGUUCUGUUGCUUUUGUAUAAGUGAUGAAAAUUGUUAAACUUGAUUCACCAAAAUGGCAAGUAGCUGGAGAAAGUUCUGCCAGCACAUUUGCUUUCUGGCACCUGAAACAAUACAGAUCUACAUUCUUCAGUGGAAUCAGUUUGCCAAAAAAACAAUUGGGUCGAUUGGCAUUCAGGAUUAUGACUAUAGGUAAAGAUCUCUAUUAGAAAGAAAAAAUAUAUUUAUAAACAUCUUUUUUGGUAAGAAUUAAAUAGUGUAUAUUACAA